UGUUGACCAGUGAAAACAACCUCAACAACUCUUAGUCCCAUAAGGAAAUUGUUGGAUGCAUGGACCUAUUGGACAUACCAAUAAGCUGGAAAUCAAGAAUCAACUGCUUCCCACUGCAACUGUGGGAGCAUUUUGCAGGCCAUUACUAGAAAAUGGAAGGUGGGAGCCUUAUCAUCACAAUGGCAAGUUGAAACAUGUCUCUUUUAAAGAACUACGGUGCGAUCAAGGUUUCCACGAUUAUGCCUUCUGUUAAAUCAGCUUGCUCCUUAAUAGUCACAAUAUGGAUUAUUGUGCCUCAGCUCUGCCUCUGUCCCGUACAAGCCAUGUUUGGGACAACUCCAAACAUUAAGCACAUUGUGAUAGGAAGAUGCUUCACUUACACCACACUGGUUCAGCCUGGCUUAUGGUAUGACUGUGAGGAAAUCUGGAGGCAGUUUGAGAAGGCUGUUGUCCAGCAUGCCUCUUGUAAUGUGACAGAAGAGCAUUAUUGUGAGAUGUUUAACAUGAUGCCACAGGUCUGGCCAUGUGAUAGGUUUCUUUUUUGGAGCAAAACCAGGAUGUUGGUGCACAGCUAUGCGGCUGUUUUUCGGCAUUUCUGGACACUGGAAGACACGUUGGUUGGUUUCCUGUUCAAUGACCUGAUCUGGUGUGGCCAGGAGGAAGACUCUGACUUUGAUUUCAACUCUUGUCCAGCGUGGUCAACAUGCAGAACCCAUCCAGUUUACUCUUUAUGGAAGCGAGCCUCACAAAACUUUGCAGAGAUGGCAUGUGGGAACAUUACCGUGUUGCUGAAUGGGUCUAUUACAAAUGCAUUCAACAGGAAGAGCAUGUUUGGAAGCAUUGAACUGGACAGCCUGAAUCCUCAGAGAGUGAACUAUGUCAACAUAAAGGUGGUGACAAAUCCAGAAGGACCUCACAUAGAAUCAUGCAGUCAAGGAUCUAUCGUAGAGCUCAUCCAAAUACUCUGGUCACGAGGUUUCCGAUGGACCUGUACCGAUAGUGACCUGACCUUGGUGAUUCUUCAGUGUAUCCAGGACCUAAAUCAGCCCAGUUGCCAGAUGUUGGCAAGCAGCAUGUUGCAGCAAAAGAACUAAACAUCCACAUGAAUCAUAUUUUGAAACCAUGUGUUAAGCUUUAAAAUAUGUCUGCCUGGCAGUGAAACUAAUUUAAUGGUUAACAUUUUCUUUCCAAACCUUCUAGAGAUGGAAAAGGGGCAGGAUUAAAAAGGUUUAAACUUCUGCCUACCUCUUUUUCAAACAAAUACUUAUCAAAAUAUGUUUUGUUAGUAUUAUAGAUUUUUGUAUCAAUGUUUGGUGUUUAACCUCUCUCUCUUUCUUAGCUAACACAUGCACACAGCUGCAGCUUACAGACAUAACUGCCGAACAUCACAGAGGAUUCAGGUUUUAGGUGCAACAAUAUUGUGGUAAUUAAAUUGUGAAUGUGAAUAUGUUUGAAAUAAAUAAACUAAACUAAAACAAACAAAACAUUUGAUGAGCAUUCAUAACAAUCAGUACAUGAUUUAGGGGGUAAUCAGAGUCAGAUGGCUAAUUUAAUUAGCCUGAUUUCAAAAUGGUUCGGCAGACCUACUAACAUUUAAUACUUAUAUAUUUCCACAGUGCUUAUCAUUCUUAUGUACACUUUUUAAAAAUAAAGUCUUGAGCUUUAACACACCUACGCAAACACGAUACUUGCAUGGGUGUGUGAACAAUGUACAUCUGAGCUGUUCUCCUGGAGUUCUAGCUUGAAUUGAAACCACAACUAGAAGUUCAAUAUUUAACUUGCAACCACCAUUGUACUUGUGAACAUGUUCUCCAUUUUAAGCUUCCAAUGAAUUACGUAAGAAAACAGCAGUUUCGCCUUUCAUCGUUAAGAGGCCUGUCUCCUACACAAGCUGUUGUUUUUAAGAAAUUCCUGUUUAUUUUGUCAUAUAUUUUAUCACAUUGUGUCAUUUUCAAAGCACAGCUUAAGAGGUUCACAUCCUUCUGUUUGAUUCUAACGUUUAAGAAUAAACAAGUUUGGGCUUGAACAUCUGGAGACAUCAUUCUUUUUUAUGCAAAACUCCACAAUUGUGAGGAUACCAGAUGUGCGUGCAAUCAUCCCCAGUGGAGCGACGGUGUUAUCAGGUUGAUGCU